AUGAAUAUUUUCACCCUCUUCGGACUCCUCCUCGCUCCCACACUCCUCGCAGGGCCUGCGCCGGCCCCGGAAGCCGCCGCGGCCCCGCUCUCUCUACCCGACGCUGCCUCCUUCGAGGGGCUCCUCAGCCCCGAGCUCGCCAAGAGGGGCUGCACCCUCAAGCUGGGCCUCAUCAUCAGCAAGGCUCAAGGCUACUUUGGCCCGAACCGGCCCUCGUGGGUGGUCGAGAACACUUUCGAUCAGCGUUGCAACAAUGCUGGCUGCUCCACGAACCAGCUGCAGUACAGCUUUGCUCCCUUCGUGCUGAACGUCACUAUCGGUACCUACAACUUCGGACCCAACAAUGCUGCGACGCUCGUCACUGCGUACAAGUAUGCGCUCUCCAGCAUCUACCAGCAAACCCAGACGUCGCAUGUCUCUGGGAGUACCACCUAUUGGAAUGGGCCCCAAUACGUCGGCCUGAAACAGGACGUGGAUUGCGACGGCACCAUCAUCCCCGCCAGCGUCUUGAACUUCAACACGAACGCCUUCCGCGUGGGUGAUGGCGGCUGGUGCGACAGCAACAAUCUGGUCAGCGUGGUCAACAACGCGAAAGCGUACCCCAACUAUUUCUCCACCUAUGCCUUGUACCCAGCCAGUUCCUACAACUGUGACCCGUACGUUAUUUCGUACACUUGA